AUGCUGCUCAUUCUCGCUAACGUUCUUUCAUUCGUCACUGCUGGACAAAUUGUAGAUUCCAAGGAGCAGGAAAUCAAGGCGAAUGUACCUGUUGUAAUAGAAAUUGCUCGCCCAAAAAUUAAGUACGAAUAUGAAACAUCUAAAGACAUUGACGUGCAACCAAUUAUAUAUGAUUCGGGAACUCGAACCAAUCGGUACAACAUUGAAACUCGAACGAUUGAUUUGCCAACUGAAGUCAAGUACGAAUACAAAACCAAUGUCGUCGAGGAGCCCAUAAAGAUAAAAUACAGAACUAAACCAAUUAAGGUAAUGUAUGAAACUGAGACAGAUGAUUCUGAGCUUGCAGUGGAAGAAGAUGACUCCGAGUGGAACUCGGAUAGUCAUAAACGUAGAAUUUCGCAUGAGCAUCACAAACAUAGAAGCACAUCAUCCAACCAUGAAAAGAUGCGCUCUAAACCCAAAAGAGUAUCGGUCGAUCAAAGUGAAGGCAUUGAGCGUCCAGCUGGCGAAAUUCAUCGGAGGCAUUUCAAAUCGAGCAAGAGUCGAUCAUCUAGUGGCAGUUCUAACAGCGACAAGAAAGUGAGACCAACUAGCGUCAGUAUUGGGAUAAAGUUCAAUGUUUGGUUGAAAUAUGCGGGAAAGAAAUACAUGGUAAGGAGAAAUGCAAAAAAUUUCGAUGACGCGGAGCAGUCGUGCAAAGGACAUGGCGGUCAUCUGGCAUCUAUUCACACCGAAGCGGAAAAUAAUUUCAUCCACAGUACGUUUUAUUCAUAG